CCUCUCGAGAAGUUUCCGUCUCAUUUCCUUACGAGUCCGGCGCGAGAGCAUCCAUCACUAUCUUCAACAAAGCAGAGUCUACCAAAGCUUCACAAAAAUGCCUUACUCUAAAGUGAUGCCGGCUCUGGCCAGAGCAAAACCUGAUAAAUUAUUCGGAAUGAGAUUGCGCUCCACGGUCGCGUCCACGCAGCGCAAGGAGCUGAAAUCAGAAGACGCGCAGCUGGAUUCCUCGUGCGCUUUAGUGGAGACUCGGGAUGUCAUCAACGGAGCCAAAGCGCACAGAAGCAGCCAGCCGAAGAUCUCCAUCGAUUUUGACAACACACAAGAAGCGUACAAAAGUAAAGACACACUUGAGCUGUUCAGAAGUCUGCUGGUAUUUAAACUAUGCUCUGUUGACUUCCUGGUCGAUAAAAACAAAGAGCUGAUGUUUCUAAGUAAGAAGGUUCUUGGUCAGCGGCUUUUCGAGAAACUGAUGAAGAUGACUUUCUACGGCCAGUUUGUGGCAGGCGAGGACCAGGACACCAUCAAGCCCUUGAUCGAGAAGAACCAAGCGUUUGGGGUCGGCUCGGUUCUGGACUACAGCGUAGAGGAAGAUCUGACCCAGGAGGAAGCUGAGAAGAAAGAGAUGGACUCGUGUGUCUCUGAAGCUGAGAAAGAGAAUCAUGUGGAAACCAGCAUUUACACGGCUCAGGAUACUAAGAGUAUGGAUCAUCGUGAGAAGAAGUACAAAGCUCAUCGUCAGUUUGGAGAUCGACGUGGAGGGGUGAUCAGCGCUCGGACGUAUUUCUAUGCAGAUGAGGCCAAAUGUGAUCAUCACAUGGAAACCUUCAUCAACUGUAUUAAAGCUUCGGCGGGAAGUUCGGUCGAUGGAUUUUCUGCCAUUAAGAUGACCGCGUUGGGACGACCGCAAUUCCUGCUUCAGUUCUCAGAGGUUCUGGUGAAGUGGAGAAGGUUCUUCAAUCUGUUAGCAGCACAUCAGGGGUUGGAUGGGAUGGCUUUACUGGAACAGAAACUGGAAUUGGAAAAACUGCAGGACAGUUUGAUCAAACUGGGAGUUGGCGCUAAACCAGACAUUGAGAACUGGUUUACUGGAGAGAAACUGGGCUCAUCUGGAACCAUUGAUCUGCUGGACUGGAACAGUCUCAUCAAUGACACAACCAUAAUCUCCAACCUGCUCGUGGUGCCCAACAUGGAGACGGGUCACCUGGAGCCUCUGUUGAGUAAGUUCACUGAUGAAGAGGAGAAGCAGAUGAAGAGGAUGCUACAGAGGAUGGAUGUUCUGGCCAAGCACGCUGUGGAGAACGGUGUGAGAUUGAUGGUGGACGCAGAGCAGACGUAUUUCCAGCCAGCGAUCAGCAGACUGACCCUGGAGAUGCAAAGGAUCUUUAAUAGAGAAAAGCCCAACAUCUUUAACACCUACCAGUGUUACCUUAAAGAGGCGUAUGAUAAUGUGUCAGUAGACGUGGAGCUCUCGCGUCGGGAGGGCUGGUACUUUGGUGCCAAGCUGGUUCGUGGAGCGUACAUGUAUCAGGAGAGAUCCCGCGCAGCAGAAAUCGGUUACGAAGAUCCCAUCAACACUGAUUAUGAAGCCACCAACAGGAUGUACCACAAGUGUUUGGAAUACGUGCUGGAAGAGAUUCAUCUCAAUAAGGCGGCAAAUGUCAUGGUGGCAUCUCAUAAUGAGGAUACAGUCAAAUUCACCCUAGAAAAGAUGAAUGAGAUGGGUCUCUCUCCAACAGAGAAUAAAGUUUACUUUGGGCAGCUGCUGGGAAUGUGUGACCAGAUCAGUUUUCCAUUGGGUCAGGCAGGAUUUCCGGUGUACAAGUACGUUCCUUACGGGCCGGUGAAUGAGGUCAUCCCUUACCUGUCACGCAGAGCGCAGGAGAACCGCGGCAUCAUGAAGGGUUCUCAGAGAGAACGAAGUCUGCUGUGGAAAGAACUCCAACGCAGACUCUUCAAUGGACAACUGCUUUACAAACCUGUAUACUAAACCAAACCAAACCCGUAUUUAAAUAACACAAUAUCUAAAUCGGUACUUUAGAAACUCCAGUUUUUUAGCUUCAGAGGGCACAGAUCACUAACCUGCUCUCGCAUAUUAUUCAAAAACUGGAGAGGGACUAGUAAGUGCUAAUCUGACCUGGCUUUUCCCAGUUUUCACUGCCAGUCUAUUAUUAUGGUAUACUCUCUGAUGAACCCAUCCACUACUGCAUGUGAUAAACAAAAUGCACUGUAAUUUAUUGCCAUAGUAGGUGAAGAUUGACUACGUGAGACGAUGUCCCCAUUGGCAGACAUUGUUAAGUGAAUCCGAAUGUUCUGGAGGACUAUCGUGUAGGAUUUGACUUAUUUAACCGAUUGGUUUGUGAAAGUGGGAAUCUUAUGAUGUCAUUGAUCAUACUUUUAUCUUUACCCACCCACGAGGCAUCGGUUUGCAUCAGCAGAACAGAAAUGUUGUCAGAGGCGGUGUUAGUUUUGUUGAAAGAUAAUGAAUGCUACUGAAUUCUGUUUAAAAAGACCUUGACAUUUUGUGAGAUGGUAAACGGGGUCGAUUUUGAGUUCAUGCCGUAUUUAGAUAAGAUUUUAAUCAUUCCACUUUAACUUCACUAGAGGGCAGCGUAAUAACAACUCUCAAGACUCUUGGCCUUAAAUGUUGUCAUUGGAUAUGUUGGCAGAGGGCUAGAAGGGAUACAGGUACGGACAAAUCUUGCAAGAUGUUGGGUUUGGGGUUAGGAUUAGGAUGGAAACAGCACUCAUCCAGGUGAUAUUUCACGAGAUUUUGGCCAUAACUGUAUCCCUUCUAGCCACAACCGGUCAUGUUCCGCAUAGGAUACUUGUGUUUUACUCAUACUGUUUUUGCACAAUGCAUACAGUUUUCAUUAUGCAAGUUUGCUAUGUUCCAUCUAUAUGCCAAAAUACACAAUAUGUAGCACAAUGUUGUAUACCACAAUGCAUUGUGAUCAACCUUUCAUUUCAAACAUGUGAUGAAUGAACUGGAAAAAUACUCUUUUUCUUUACAUUAUGUGACUGAACUGCCAAAUGUUAAGACAGUUUAUCACAACAAUUGCAAAAUUGCAGUAUAUAUUGCAGUAUAUUUUUAGACGGUAGCACCAAAUGAAUGAAGGUUUCUUUUAAAAAAAGAUUGUCUUUUAUAAUGUUUGUAUAUAUAGACAGUAAUACUUUAUGUAUAGUCUCUUUAUGAAUGAAUUAUGUUUAAACUUAUCCACUCACCGGUUCAAAGCAUUUUAGCACUGAAUAUUGUGAGACUUGUGGCUACUAAUGUAAAUUAGGUUGUUUUUUGCUUAUUCACAAACAAAAUGCUGCUUAAAUGUAAGUUUUGGUUUGAGAUGUUUAAGAUUAAGUGUGUAUGUGAAUCUUUAAAUUGUAUGCGUUAUUUACAUAUCUAUUUUUACAUGUAAAUAAUGCAUAGUGACAGCGCACAUUACUCUGGUCAGGGUAAUUUUUGGCUGUUUUGCACUGUUUUAAACUUUCAACAUGAAAAUACAAUAUGGAUGGCUGUAUAUAAAAAAUGUUAAUAAACAUUAUAUUAUUACAAAAGUU